GAGCUUCGUCACAAAUAUGGCGGCGCACAAGUGAAUGUCAGGCCGUCGUAAUUUUAUAUGCUAUUAUUUGAAAAAUAUUUGUGUUGAAUGUUGCUAAUGUCAUUGCCGCACAGGUGAAUUUGCACUCACUUCCCUCGGACUACACAGCAACGGUACGACCUCUAAUUACUUUAUUCUGUAGCUACAGUUAGCAUUGUAGCAAAUUAGCCAGCAGAUCCAGAGAAAUCCAUGAUGCAACAAGAACAACAGCUUAGAAACUUGCGGGAUUUCCUCAUGGUUUACAACCGGAUGACGGAAACCUGUUUCCAGAGAUGCACCAGCAACUUUAACUACAGGAAUCUGACCAUGGAGGAGGAGCGCUGUCUUGACAGCUGUGCGGGGAAACUGAUCCGCACUAACCACCGCCUCAUGGGCACCUAUGUAGACUUGAUGCCAAAAAUGGUACAGCGUCGGAUGGAGGAGAUGGAGACCAAAGCUGCGGAGAAUGCCAAGGCAGCUGAGGCAGCGGCUGCUGCAUCUAACGGACUUCCAGCUCCAGAGGAUGCCACGGCAAUUCAAAGCCCUGUCACUUCAUCUGCUCCAGGGGAGCAAAUACCUACCCCUCUACCUUCAGCAGUUGGUGAAGUUGAACUAGACGCAAGUGUAAAACUUGCAGGGGUAAAUAUUCCACUGGGACUGGACGCUGCUAUAUCCAAAUCCACAACAGCUACAGAUGUCACUCUGUCAGCAGCUACAGCAGUAACACCUGCAGCUGAAGCAGUAAAUAUUAUAGUUCAUAAUAAGGUGGAGAGUGAACCGUCCUAUGUAGCAGCUCUGCCACAGUUGUCCAUAACUGGAGCCCAGAUUGAGUCUGGAAGUUUUCAAUCUGGAAUUAUACAUCCUAAACCAGUCUCCUUAGUUGAAGACAUCUCAGUGUCAGUAGUCUCUGCACCUACAAUAUCACAACAGGAGAGGGCACCAGAGGCACCAGGUCACCAGGGUCUGAUCCAAAUAGCAACCGCAAACAAGCUGAAACCUGAUGAAUAAGUCAUCACAGCUUAAUGUGAUGAUUUUCUCAGUGUUACUGAAAAGAACUAAGUUGUGAAAUCUCUUCUACAACAAAAAAACACCAGGCAGUGGCAGGAAUGGACUUGAUGCUGGACUUUGAGAAGCCAAGGUGAUUUUUGUGGUAAUAUAAAAAAUAUUUGAAUCAUGUAAAUAUUUACUUUUUGUCAUUAGCCAACAACACUCAAGCGUCACUAAACAUGAAAGACUAUACUUCUGCUGGAUGUGCUGGUGAAGCAGCAGCGUGAGAGCGUAAAUUCUCCUGUUGUGGGUGUGAACCCUGUUGACAUAUCGUCACCUCCUCCCAUCAUUUCCUGUCAAAGCUCUGUAUUUCAUGUUUAUCUGUGGUGCAAUAAAAGCCUUAUUGAGUAAUCCUAAA